AUGGUUGCUACCGACAGUAUCCACAUCGUUUCGGUCAUGCGGGUUCGACCGAAUAUCCGCGAUUCCGUCGAAAUCAAACUUGCCAACGGAGUGUUUGCACCCAAAGGUAUGCAGUUCGAUCAAAAGUUCCAGUUGAUCGCCGAAAGAUUCUACGGAUUGGAAACCCAUUAUGUUGAUUUCCGGACCAAAAUACAAAACGCUAUCCAAACUAUAAAUGCGUGGGUGCAACGACUAACUCAUGGUCGAAUAUCGCAAAUCGUAGCGAAGGUCAACACCACUUCGAUGCUUGUGUUGACCAACACGCUGUUCUUCAAAGCCACAUGGACCAAACAAACCUGCCGUGAACGUACCCAUGAUGGUAAAUGGCGGCUGUUUCCCCUACUAUUACUGGGGGAUCUGAAAACCCAGGUUCUUGGAAUUCCAUACAAAGAAAAAAUCACUCUAUAUGCCUUCUUACCAGACAACUCUACCAAAGAUAAAGUGAGGUUGUUGCAGACCCGCCUCAAUACUGUAACCCUGAAUGAUGUCAUCAGCAAAAUGGAGAUGAAAGUCGCUGCGGUUCAAUUUCCUAAGCUGCAUGUACAAAACUCACUGAAUCUGAAACAAACUCUUGAGCAACUCGGAGCAACUGCAGUGUUCAACCAGGCUGAAAGUGACUUGAGUCACAUCUGGCGCAACCGCACAGCCGUAUCAGUGUUCAACUACAAUGAUGCCUUCGACAUCCUUGAAGACACCCGUAAAAAUGCCAUCAUAGAACUUCGCCACCAGCACGGUAACUGCGUUAUCAUCGAGAAGGAUGUCUCCAGCCGUGUCCUGUGUGAAGAGAACGAACUCUGUCGCUUCAAGGGUGGGGCAUGUGUGUGUUGUGCGGCAUUGGGCCCGGGGAAACGGUAUCGCAGAGGCUACGAUGGGUAUUUUAACUUCCGUCUGUACGUGAAUGAAAUACUUCAUAAGAUCGAUCUGGUGGUCAACGAAAAAGGAACGGAAAGUGGCGCAGUGGUGGUACCAUUUAUGGACAGGAACUUUCCACAGGUGAAUUUCAAGGUGAAUGGACCAUUUCUGAUACUGGUGCGGCACGAGAAGACCAAGCUUCCGCUGUACUACGGUGCUGUAUUUGAUCCGAGAUUCUGAAGAAGUCAUAAACUUUGAAAUUACCACAGCUUUAUCAUUGUAGCUUUUCCAAAAAAAAAAUGUCAUUCACAUAUAACUAAUAUAAACCCAAUAUAAACCGAACAAACGAUAAUCAUCAUAAAAUUACUAAUUUACAUAUUUAAGUUACUAUGUUCAUUUAUUCAGAAAUAUAGAGUAUUUUUGCUGAUUACGUUAAAUAAACAUCUGAUAAUUCAAGCUUUCGUUAGUUUUGAAGAAUUGAUUCAAACGCAUUCACAUCAAUCACUAUGUAACUUCAGCACUUACAACGCUAGGUCUGGUUCUGUCUCUACCCGCAAUCAUGCACUUCGUCAUGGUCGAGAUUUUUUGUGGAGUCUAUUUUUUCUGUCACUUUCUUCGUAUGAACAAAAAUACUUUUUUACCUAGUAUACUCCACUGCCAUACGAUUGAUUUCUUUUCUCUCUCACGUUCACGGGCAUAUCUGCAAUGAUCGGUUUCUCUUCAUCGAUUUUCCCUUCGAAUUAUUUCAGGAAAUACGAUCAGUGUUCGUAUAAUUUCCGCACGUUUCAGCUUCAUUUCCCGCCUAAGUUAUUAACCAAACUGAAAAUCUUUAAAGAUAAAUCUCUCAUUAGCGAGAUGGCACGGUAAAGGCUGGGUAUGCUGCGCAAUUCAGAUCCCAUUGUGAUCCA